CUUGAAUUCCGUGUAUCAAACGGAGCCUGAAUUGAAUUCCAAAGGGAAUUAAAUUUAUAUGAAUUGGGGAUGGAUUUCUAAUGGCUUUCUAAUGUUUUGAUUCCAUUGAAUUAUUGUGUUUGGACUUUGGAGUGUAUAUAAAAUGGAUUCAAUUGUUCAUGAAGGCAACACUGCAUUUUCUCACAUGCGCCUUUCCCUUUCCUCCUGAGGCAGCUUUCCAUUUCUCCUACUUGAGCAGAUCCGAGGUUUUUCGUAAUUUCUGAUGUGAUAUACAACAAGAUCUAGCUUUCUUGUUCUUUCUCUUGUUAAUGAAUUGAAUUCCAAAAUAUUUGAUUUUGUUUUUGUCUACUUUUUUUCAAAGAGAAUCAAUUAGUGCAUUUCUAGACCAGGAAGGAAUAGAAUUUGAAAAUACACCAUAUAAACCGUGAAUAUUAGACCAUGAAUAAGUGCGAGAAAUUAGUUAAUAUAGUCAAGAUUAUAGGAUGGCUAUCAAUACUUUCUUUAUGUGGCAUUUAUUAAGAACCUCUGAUACAGCAUAGUUUCAAAAAUGAAAAAUUUGGCUACAUGUAAUGUGUUUCAUAUUAGAAAAAAGUUGUAUUAGAAUAUAUUUGUGAGUGAGGUAUGCAGAGGUUGUUUGCAGAAGACCCUUGGCUCAAGGGGUUAAAAUCAAACUAUAUUGGCAAGAAAAAUAAUCAAAUUCCCUCAAAAAGAUUUUUUUUUGAGGGAAAAUUCCUCAAAAAUAUAAAAUAAAAUAAAUUAACAAAAGCUGCACAUGUUAGUUCUCCAAAAAAGAGGAAGCACAAACUUAGUACCAAGAGAAUAAACGUUUACACACAAUCCUGUUCGCGAGAAUGAAAUUGAAAGGCUAACCCCCACCUCUUGAAUCACAACCUCAAACACCAAACAAUCACUUACCCAUCUAUCCUGAUCCAUGAUUGCCAAAACUUCCUAGCUAAUUCCCUCUGUCAGCUUGAGUUUAGCCAUAUCCUGCCGAAUCACCUCCCCGCAGCUCUUCGGCCUACCUCUACCUCGCAUAAGUCCUGCGUUUGCUAAACCCUCGCACCUCCUAACUCACACAUUCUCACCCCUCUUCAAAUGGCUGAACUAUGAUUGCAAUAUUUCUGUUUUAGAAAGUUGCUUUAUUGAUAAGAGUAUAAUACCCUAUUGCGUUAGAACAAAUGAAGCCAUUUGUUGUGGUGCUGACCGUGCUGCUCAUCUUGUUGAUUUUGUGAAACUCCCACUGCUAUGCAGAGUUUUACCAACAUCUUUUGGAUCCCGUUUUGUAAGCUUUGUUUGGGUGAAUGUGUGAAUCUGUUUAAUUGUCAGUAAGUUAAGGUGUUCGUUAACCUCCAUUUCAGCCAUAUAAGUCAAGCUACUUCUGCUGGUAUGGAGAUAAAGACUAUUUAGCCACCAAACUGAACCUUAAUCUUGCAGGAAAUGGGUUUAUGGACACUGCUGGAGGGAUGUCUGCUUCUUGCCAAUGCAUUGGCCAUACUAAACGAAGACCGCUUUCUUGCUCGUAGAGGGUGGAGCUUUCAGGAAUACUCGGGAAUCAAGAGGAAUUCAUUGAAGGGCCAGAUUCUUGGUCUUAUUUAUGCAACCCAGUACUUGAGAGUUCCACUAAUGCUCCUCAACAUUCUUUGCAUUGUUGUAAAGCUCAUUUCUGGAUAAACUUCCAUCCUGGUAUUUGAAGCCAUAUCUUCUUUUUUCUUCUCGUGUUAUAUACAUGUUGGGCAACGAACUGGAGAAUUUUUUUUUCCCAUCAUCUUAACGUACUUGUAGACUUUGUUUGGUUCGGGAAAUUAGGAAGGUAAAGAGAAUUCGGAAGCCCUUUAAACUCAAGACAUGCAUCUCCACAAGAUCUCUCUCGAUACUUUGUCAUACGCCUUCUCGAGAUCAAUAAACACCAUGUAGAGGUUCAUCUUAGCUCUAGUUACUCGUCCAUCAACCUCCGCAAGAGGCAAAUAGCGUCCGUUGUCGACCGGCUAGGCAUGAAGCAACCAAAUUGGUUCUCGAAAAUACACACCUUCUUCCUGCAACCUAGCCUCUAUAAUACGUUCCCAGACCUUCAUGUUCACAUUACAUUCAGUUUGAAGGUCAUAGGAUGACCCAGUUGGGAGGGGGCAGGGGGGACUGAGUUAGGGAGAUAAGAACCGUCAUUUUUUCAAACAAAGCACCGUUAGGAGGCCCGGUCAUCCUAUGACAUUGAUUUCAAUGUCACAGGAACCACGUCGAUACUAAAAAAAAAAAAAUAAU